AUGUCUGUUCACACACUGAUCCAGCGUAGCGAAAAGCCUUCCCAUUUGAAUCGUCUUUCUCAUGCAAAAAGUCCAUACUUGCUUCAGCAUGCAGAAAAUCCAGUUGACUGGUACGAAUGGGGACCAGAGGCAUUUGAGAAGGCUAGGCAGGAAGAUAAACCCAUUUUCCUGUCCGUUGGGUACUCUGCUUGCCACUGGUGCCACGUCCUUGCGCACGAGUCGUUUGAGGACAAAGUCACUGCAAACCUCAUGAACGAGCACUAUAUCAACAUUAAGGUGGAUCGAGAAGAACGCCCAGAUGUCGAUCGACUGUACAUGACCUUCCUGCAAGCAUCCAGUGGCGGUGGGGGAUGGCCAAUGUCAAUUUGGCUCACACCGGAAUUGCACCCAUUCUUUGCGGGGCCUUCUCUCCCCGUUCCGCAGACCUACUUUCCUCCCGGGCGGUUCAGACAGGUUCUCUACAAGCUGGCCGAUAUUUGGGAGAGCGACCCUGAUCGAUGCCGGGCAUCAGGAAAGCAGAUCAUCGAAUCGCUACGUGAUGCUACAAAUGUCAAAUCGGGAACAGACGAGCUUCCUGUCGUGUCACUAGCUCUUACUGUGUAUGCGCGUCUUGCAAAGCGCUUCGACACACGUUACGGUGGGUUCAGUAGUGCUCCGAAAUUUCCUCAACCUUCGCAGACGACCCAGUUCCUCGCUCGGUAUGCCGCACUACGCAUGCAUUCCAAGGAUAGCGGCGCCGGGGAGCAAAAGAAUGCAGACGAAGUGCUAAAACAUCUCGACGCCGAGAGUCUAGGAGAGGAUGGCAAGGAUAGCAAGUUGAGUGAACCUUCCAGCAAGCCUAAGAGUAAACAGGAAGAGGCGGAACAUGCGCGCGAUAUGGCAGCGGAGACUCUCGUGCAGAUUUACAAGGGUGGCAUACACGACGUCGUAGAGGGUGGCUUUGCGCGAUAUUCGGUGGAUGAACGAUGGCAUGUACCGCACUUCGAGAAGAUGCUCUACGAUCAGGCGCAACUCCUCACGUCCGCACUUGAACUUGCGUCCUUACUCCCUCAUUCGUCAGAUGGGCCUCCCUUAUCUUCUACUCGCACUACUCUCCUGGCUCUCGCUCGCUCGAUCCUCAUUUACCUUCCUCGACACCUUACCAGCCCAGAAGGAGGAUUCUAUAGUGCGGAGGAUGCGGACUCACUCCCGGCGGCAGACAGCACGAAGACAAAAGAAGGUGCUUUCUACACGUGGACCGCAAACCAAUUCAGCAGGAUCCUUGGAGAAGAUGCGGAGGUGGCUGUGUGGGCGUACGGGGUCAAGGAGGACGGUAAUUGCGAUCCGAUGCAUGAUAUUCAAGGGGAACUUAAGGGUCAGAAUGUGCUUUUUAUGGCACACACACCUGAAGAGGCUGCGGAGAAAUUCGGAAGGCCGGUCGAAGAAGUACGGUGUGCGCUGCAGCACAGUUUGGACAAACUCAGAGCAUUCAGAGAUGAAAAUCGACCAAGACCACAUCUCGAUGACAAGAUAUUGACUUGUUGGAAUGGUCUAAUGAUAUCGGGGCUCGCUAGAGCUACCGAGACGUUUGAGGGGGAAGAGGCUGUACAGGCUCUUACGCUAGCGGAACGCUCUGCUGCAUUCCUUAGGGCCCAGCUGUACAACGAGGCGAGCGGAGAAUUGACGAGAAGCUGGCGGGAAGGUGCGGGCCCGAAAGGACAAGCAGAUGAUUACGCGUUCUUGAUCCAAGGAUUGUUGGACCUGUAUGAAGCUUGUGGCAAGGAAGAAUAUGUGAUAUGGGCGAUACGUUUGCAGGAGAAGCAGGACGAGCUGUUCUUCGAUGCAGAGGGUUGCGGGUACUUUGCGUCUGCGCCAGACGAACAUAUCCUCAUUCGAAUGAAGGACGCGCAGGAUGGUGCUGAGCCCAGCGCAGUGUCGGUUACAUUGUCGAAUCUCCUGCGUCUUUCACACUUCGCUGAGGACAGACAUAAAGAAUACGAUGAGAAAGCUAAGAGCAUUCUCGCAUCCAAUGCCCAGCUUCUCGGAGCGGCCCCAUAUGCCCUCGCAGCAAUGGUCAGCGCCGCGAUGUGUAGGGAAAAGGGAUACAAACAAAUUAUCUUGACGGAGUCUCCCGCUUCCUUCCCAUCUCCUUACUUAAAGGCUAUCCGCGAACGCUUUGUACCAAAUCGCGUUCUCAUCCAUCUCGACCCUGCCAACCCGCCACGGAAGCUCGCCAAGGUAAAUGGUACACUGAGAAGCCUCCUCACAGACAUCAACACGGAUAGAAGUGGCAACGCCGAUGCACGAAGCGCGCAGCCGAAUGUGCGCGUGUGUCAGAAUUUUACGUGCGGACUUCCAAUCAGGGAUAUGGCUGAGCUGAAAGCGGCACUGAAGUAA